GGCAGCGCGAGCCCGGAAGCGGAGGGGGGCGGUGGCGGAGGCGCCUCCGGCCAGUCCGGGUUGCCGCUCCGUCCGCCCCACUCGCGAAUCCCUGAGGCCCGUGGCGUGGCCAGAGCCAUGCAACCUCCGUCCCUGGACCCGCUGAGCGACUGUCUGCGCAACUGGGAGGAUCUGCAGCAGGACUUUCAAGGCAUCCAGGAAACACACCGGCUGUAUCGCCUGAAACUAGAGGAGCUAACCAAACUGCAGAACAAUUGCACCAGCUCCAUCACAAGGCAGAAGAAGCGGCUCCAGGAGUUGGCCUUGGUGCUGAAAAAAUGCAGAUCCUCCCUUCCACCUGAGGUCUCAGAGGCUGCACAGGAGCUGGAGAAUCAGAUGAAAGAGCGCCAAGGCCACUUCUUUGAUAUGGAAGCCUAUUUGCCCAAGAAAAAUGGGCUGUACCUGAGCCUGGUUCUGGGAAACGUCAACGUGACACUCUUAAGCAAACAGGCUAAGUUUGCUUACAAAGAUGAAUAUGAGAAGUUCAAACUCUACCUCACCAUCAUCCUCAUCGUCAUCUCCUUCACCUGCCGCUUCCUGUUCAACUCCAGGGUGACAGACGCAGCCUUCAACUUCCUGCUGGUCUGGUAUUACUGCACGCUGACCAUCCGAGAAAGCAUCCUUAUCAAUAAUGGUUCUAGAAUCAAAGGCUGGUGGGUUUUCCAUCACUAUGUGUCCACCUUCCUGUCUGGAGUCAUGCUGACCUGGCCUGAUGGUCUCAUGUACCAGAAGUUCAGGAACCAGUUUCUGUCUUUCUCCAUGUAUCAGAGUUUCGUACAGUUUCUGCAGUAUUACUACCAGAGUGGUUGUUUGUACCGCCUGCGCGCCCUGGGCGAACGGCACACCAUGGAUCUCACCGUGGAAGGCUUCCAGUCUUGGAUGUGGCGGGGUCUCACUUUUCUGCUCCCUUUCCUCUUCUUCGGACAGUUCUGGCAGCUUUUUAAUGCACUGACGUUGUUUAACCUGGCCCAGGACCCUGAGUGCAAAGAGUGGCAGGUGCUCAUGUGUGGCUUCCCCUUCCUUCUCCUCUUCCUUGGCAAUUUCUUCACCACCCUCCGGGUUGUGCACCAAAAGUUCCACAGCCAACAGCAUGGGAAUAAGAAGGAUUAAGCUAGAUGUACUGGCCGGCCCCAAAGGGUCCUCUGAAGACCUGUGUGCUGAGUUGGGUGGGAGGUUGGGCCACCCUUGUGUGAGGGGAGUGCCUCCUUCUGUACCCCCUGGGCUUUGUGGGCUCUGUGGGCCCUGAGGAAAGUCUGGGCCUGGAGCCCAGCCUACAGGAUUUGGGCUCUGGGCCUCAAUAAAGAGAGGCAUGGAGGAGA